AGCUUCUAAAUCCUUAAAAAAAUUUUAAAAAAUGCUUAUGCCUUACUUCAGAAUAAGUUUUAAUUUUAAAAUGUGCAAUUUUUUUUUUGUAUUUGAUUUUAAUUUUUAAUAGGUACUUUGGACAAGGAUAAAUUACAGCAGGCACUCAUACACAAAUUAGAGGCCGAGUAUAUUCAAGCUAGAAAAGAGAGGGAUGAAGCCCGAAAAAUAGCGAGUAGGUCUCAACAAAGAGUUUCAGAACUUGAGAAAGAGUGCGCCAGCCUUCAUGCAAAAAAAGAUUUAGAACUUGAAGAGUUAAAAGAGCUGAGAAAUAUAAAUAGAAAGUUACAGCUUGAAGUUCUUGAAAAAAUGGCUCAUGGAAAUUUGCCACCCAUGCCACAGACAGAAUUGCCAGAGAACAUUGACUUGGGAAAUGGGGUUUUCCUGAAAAGAAAAGUUUUUGAGGCUGUAAGAGGAGAAAGCAACAUAAGUAGGUUUACAAAGAGCCUUGGUGUGGCCAUCUGGGGGACCGACACUCUGAAAGAACGAUCCAUCAAGGGGCAGGAUUGUCGUAACCCCAGGGGCUGCAAAAGAAAAGUGGAUGGGGAGGCAAGCAUGCCUAUUCAAAGAGCUGCGAAACCACCAUUACCUCCUGAGAAAUUGGCAGUAAUUGAUUCUCAAAUGAGAUUAUAUAUGGAAUCAAAAUCCAUGAGCCUGAAUGAGAUUCAAGAAAAUUUGAAGAAACGGAACCGAUUCCUAACAGAAAAAAUAUGUGAUCUUAAUAAACCUAAGCGUGUUGCAAACAUUUUGUAA